AUGAUUUCUGAGAAAUCUGAAGCUAGUAAUUAACCGAAAUCAUUCUAUUGUAUUUGAGAAAGAGCUUUAUCCAUGUUUUACGGGUCACAAUUUUUCUCAAUAUAUAGUAAAUUUUAAAUCAGUUGCUUCCUCACGUUUCAUCGAUUAAAACUGAAACACAAAUAUGCUUACUUGGCUUUCCAAAAUUUGACGAAAACCUAAGGGUCGAUUUUGGGCUUGAAAUUUGGGCUAGGAAAUCAGAAAGUCAUAAUUUCGACGCACAAUCUAGUAAAGGAAGUUCUUCGUCAGUAAGAGUUCAACGGAAGACCGGAUAGAUUCUUCUUCUUUCGUCCGUGCGUUCGGGAAAAGGAAAAGUAUUUACGUUCUUUUCUCCAUUCGCAAUAAAAGAAAAUUUCUCAUUAAUAAAUUAAUAUAUUCUCAUUAAUAAAUUUGAAGAUAAGAAUUUUAUUCAUGGAUGGACCAACAUAG